UUCCGUAUCGGACCGAGGAUGCCAACCUUUCCCAGAUUUUUCCGACCUUUCGACCAUACUGUGAGGGAAUCAAUGUGCAGCACCCUCAUCUUUCGCGGGAUGUGCUGGUUGAAAAACUCUACGAAGCUAUUAUCCGAACCAAUUUUGUGCUGUUAUCGUCUCCUUCCGGUUCUGGAAAGACGUCGCUGUUGACAUUGUUUGCGCGUAAACAUCCUGAAAUUUCCUGCGCACCUAUCGCUUUUGAUGGUAGCACAGAAGAUGCCACAACUCUUCUUUCCACUUAUGGCGUCAAUGUUUAUAAGAAGGCGUGCGAUAUACCCAGUGGCAAGCUGUGUGUCUUGUUGUUGGACGACUGUCAACGGCGGUAUAAUGAUCUCGUCUUUUGGACUCGUCUGAUUAAAGGCUCAGCAUCAUGGUUACCAGAUCACGUCCGAUUUAUCAUCUCGGCGACUCAUUUGCUGGAGACGGAUGCCCCUUCCAGCCCUGUUGCUUUCAGCAGCAUCCAGUAUAAGUUGACGAGGGACGAUUUCUUGAUUAAUGAUGAGGAGGCGUAUCAGUGCUUUAAUUUGGAAAACGGCCUACCACCAGGAUUGCGUUUUCCAACGCUGGUAGAGGUGAUGAUACGCGAGUGCAAUGGGCACAUCGGUUCAUUACGCAUAUCAAUUGAUGCAAUUUAUGAGCGUUUUCGGAGGGCGGGUGCUCGAACUGAGGAGGAGUUGCUGGCGUUCUAUCUGUCGGACUUUUGUCGAACAAAUGGCAAGAUGCUUCGGAAGUGAACACACAACACCUGCUAGUCCAAACCAGCAGAAGUUUCUUAGCACGUGUUUGUUGUGCGAUCCUAGUUGUCAGCCACUGGUACAGCAAUUGAGUCGUGAUGAACACGAAUGCUUUACAAGGUUAAAGAAAGCGGGUACUGUAACUGAAGUUGGCGGCUGGGGUUCACGUCUCCCUUGAGACGAAUACGGGACUUACUAGACAUUUGAGCCUCCAGAGCGAUCGAUGGACAAGGG